ACGUAACAGCAAAUUGACCAACUAUAUAAAGACCAUUCAUUGUAACACAUGCAUCAGUCGAAAGGUUGACAACACAAAUACUAUACAAAAUGUUCAAGUUUGUAGUUCUCGCUUUGUUCGUGGCAGCUGCGCACGGCAGCGCCACCCAAGGUGACUACACCAGCUUCUCGUACGGAGUAUCGGACCCGCACACCGGCGACGUGAAGAGCCAGCAGGAGACUCGCGUCGGUGACAGCGUGGUUGGCCAGUACUCGCUGCUGGAAUCCGAUGGCCACCGCCGCACCGUCGACUACGCCGCUAACGCCCACUCCGGUUUCAACGCCGUCGUGCGCAGAGAGCCCGCUCUGGUCGCUCAUGCCGCUCCCGUUGCCCACGCCGCUCCCCUGGCGUACGCUGCCCGUGUCGCUCCCGUAGCGUACGCUGCCAACGCCGCUCCCGUAGCAUACGCUGCCCAAGCCGCUCCCCUGGCAUACGCCGCCCGUAUCGCUCCAGUAGCGUACAGUGCCCACGCUGCUCCCCUCGCCGUAGCCACUCAAGUCGCCCCUGCUUCCGUGUCAUACUCCGCGCACAGCAGCUCUGUUGCCCACGCCGCUCCCAUCGCCCAUGCUGCUAUUGCCCCCGUCGCUUACGGAGCAUACGCUGCUCCAUUAGCCCACGGAGCUAUCGCCGCUCCUUACGCCCAUGGCGCUGUCGCCUACGGUGCUUAUGGCGCUCACGGUCUCGGCUACGGUCGUUUGGGUUGGUAAACAUGGACUUAAACAAAUCUUAAUGUGCUGUGAUUUUAGUAAUAACGAAAUAGCGAACUUGAACCUAGCAUACUUGAUACAUAACUCGGAAGUAGCCAACAAAAUACUCAAAAUAUUUAAGUGACUUAAGUGAUGAUUGUUUAGAGGCUGUCUGAUUAUUCCUGUAAAUACAAUGUUGUAAUUGUGUAAAAUCUUUACGAAAUAAAAAUAUUUAUUCGUA